GAGAGAGAGAGAGAGAGAGAGAGAGAGAGAGAGAGACCGAGGGGAAGAGAGAGAGGGAUACAGAAAGAGGGGACGCUGUUGAUUCAUUCACCCGCAGGGAGUGUUAUUGUGAUUUUUUUUUACCAACCUAAGUAGUCACCAUUAACGGGAAUUAAGGACUAUUUCUGCGCCAAAGAGGGAAGGGCACGGUGUCCGACAUUUUUCUUUUUGAAAAGCUUCCAAAAUUGUCGCGCCCCCUCCCACCCUAUUUUCUUCGCAUCCCUCCCUCCUCCUCCAUCUCCCCCUCCUCUUCUUUAAAGGAGCCCGAGAGCCACUGCACGCGCUGCAGGGUGCCUCCCACCGCUUGUUAUAUUGUUUUUUUUUUUAUUUUGUAUUUUUUGGACAGCUCACGAGCCUCUGCCCCCUGGUCUGCCACCUGCUCGCGAGUACAGAGCGCGCGAGGAACCCCCCGUGGGGGAGCUGUCCGGUGCUGAAGUUGAAUUCUUCCUCACCCUCUCUGCACGAGGACUAAAGCAGGGAGACAGAAAACAGAAAAGAAAUAAUAACUAAGCCGUGGUUGAGCGUGAAACUAUUUUACCGGAUCAACUCGCAGCCCGACAAUCUUCCUCCGAUCCGCCCGUCUUGCUGGUGUGUUACGGGCGAAUCAGCACGCUGGCCAGGCCGUCGGAAAACGGCUGUGUUUGUGAGUGUGUGUUGUUGUGUUUGUGAGAGUGUCGCACCACCAUGCCAAGGUCUUUCCUGGUGAAAAAGGUGAAACUAGAUGAUUUUGCCGGAGCGGAUUUGGGGAACGUCUACCGACACAGGACAGACCUCAGCCUGCGGCUGCAUGACAAAGCUGGAUACAUCAGUGACUACAUCAGCCCUGUUGUGUACGAUGGCGAGAGCGACGGUGGGAUCAAAGUGCCCUCCCCAGACCCCCUUUACGAUGGUAUCCACAGUGACUACGGGGCCCCUGACUCGGAGUCCCCCGACAGUCCUGGCUCAGAAAUCACCGACGGCUACAUCAACGGAGAUGCUGCGGUGAGUGAGGGAUACUCAGUCGAUGCCUUCUUCAUCACCGAUGGCCGCUCGAGGAGGAAAGCUAUCAGCAGUCCCAGGGCCAUCCAGAGGCACACCUGCAACGAGUGCGGCAAAACCUACGCCACGUCUUCCAACCUGAGCCGGCACAAGCAGACACACCGCUCUCUGGACAGCAAGCUGGCAAAGAAAUGUCCGACCUGCGGUAAGGUGUACGUGUCCAUGCCCGCCAUGGCCAUGCACCUGCUCACUCACAACCUCAAGCACAAGUGUGACGUGUGUGCGAAAGCGUUCAGUCGACCCUGGCUUUUACAGGGCCACAUGCGCUCUCACACCGGCGAGAAGCCGUUCGGCUGCGCCCACUGCGGGAAGGCCUUCGCCGACCGCUCCAACCUGCGCGCUCACAUGCAGACCCACUCGGCCUUCAAGCACUUCAAGUGUAAACGCUGCGACAAGACCUUCGCACUCAAGAGUUACCUGAACAAGCACUACGAGUCUGCCUGUUUCAAAGGCCCAUUCUCUCCUCUCGGCCCCCUAGAUGCAUGACCCCCUGCAUAGAUAAAACAACAGACAGAACUGCAGACAUACAUUACCAUUCUCCUUACAGACUGAACUGCUGUCACAAACAAUCUAUUUUUGGUCAGAAUGUGACCUUGCUCUCCCUCCUCCCCCUCUCUUCCUCCACCCCCACCUUGCUUUCCUUCGGAGCCUGUUCAUGAUGAUGACAAUAGCACAAUUUUUCUCCUUGAGAUUUGCCCACUUAAGGAUUUAACUGAUGUACGCAUGCACUUCCUCAAAAAACUCACCACCUCCUCCUUCUCCGUCUGUUCUGGAUGGAGAGAAUAAUACUCACACGGCUUCCUUCUGGCAUUUAGAGACAGUACGGCGUCAUAUAUUUUGGGACACUCAUGAUGAUGAUGAGGAUGACGACACAGACAAUAGUAAGCCUAUAUAGCUACUGGGUUCCUCCCUGCACUGAAAGAGUUGUUUUCUUUUCAUUUUGUUUUGUAAGGGAAUCAUAGUAAUAAUUAUAGUAAUAAUGAUGAUAAUAAUAAUGUUCUGCUGCACCAAGUGACCAUAUUCUCUCCACUACUGAGGUACAAAUACUAUUUAUUUAUUUAUUUACUUAUUUUAGCAUUUGUUUUUCUUUUUUUAUCUGUUGUAUAUUUAUACUUGAUUUUAUAAUUAUGAAAUGAUAGCAUUAACUUAUUUGUUGCACUUUCAUUUCUGUAUAUGUAUGUAGGAUACUUGCCAACCUCUUUCUAUCAGUACAGGCCAAAGCAUAUGUCACUUUUUUUUUCUACUAUUUUUCCUAUUAAGUUGUUUACCUUUUUUUUUUCUUAUUAACGUUAUUGCAUGCAAAAAAAAAGAAAAAGAAAUCUAUGCCAACAUCAUACAAUCUUAUGAUUUUUGCCAAAUUCCUAUAGAUAGAACCUGAGGGCAAUAUUUUUCUCUUGGAGCCUCCGUAGGACUCUUUAAAAGCAAUAAUCACCUAAUGCAUGGUAUUUUAUGAUGAAGUUAUGAAGUAUUACCAUACUGUAUAGCAGUUAAAAUCAGGUAUGUUUUACUUCACCUAUAGUCAUGAACAGAAUAAUACUAAUAUUACAGACAUCAGGGAACAUGCCAAUGUAGUGUUAGAGAAACAAAAAGAAAAGUCCUGUCUUUCCUCUCUUGUUAUGCACUGCCUGCCUCUUAGUGAGUAGAACUAAUGUAGGAUGUAGGCUAGAGAGGCUGGGAUCAGCUGCCUGCUGGGUGUGAGGCCUAUUGUACGACUAUAACCCCGACAGACCCGUGCUUGGCUAAUUCUAGCAUGAAAUAAGCCUGCUAACGAUACCCAGGGGAGGCCUAAUUUAGGCAUCUCAACAUUUUACUCAGAUUGGAUCAUUGGCCAUUCUUGAGAGUUUAAUGGUUUGAAAAGGGUCUGGGAUGUUAAAAUGGGACCUGUUGACAACACAUCUUCUUUGUCUUGCAGCCAAAUAACAAAAGGCCUUCAACAAACCUUUUGAUAAGAGGCAUUUAUUUGUGCUGAUACAAAGAAAUGAUGAAAUAAGGUUAACACAGCAAUCAGAUUGGAGAACUUUUCAAUGAGAUGUGCACCAUCCCAAAAUGAAAGUAAGCAUACGGUACCUAGCCACUCACAGUAUGAUUUCAAUAGAAAACCAAGUCAAAGUUUGAUCCAUUGUUGAUGUCGGACCAAUGUCAAUUUUAAAUGCAAUGCAUUAUUCAACUACCCUUCCAGUGCACUUCCAAACCAUAAGGCGUGCAUUCUUAAACCACAGGAAAAGCAUGCACUUUAGCUGGACGGUCCGACUGCAGCUUAACUGUUAUAGUCCAAUAGAUGCAUUAGGCCAAGUCCUGAUUAUUCUGCAGUAGGCCCCAUUUAGCCCUACUGGGCUGACCAUGGGCUGACUCUACGAGUGAUAUACCGACAGGCUAACUCUCAUUAACCCAAAACCUACAGAUGGUUUCACUUAUAGGUGGCCAAUACCAGUGUUGCUGAACCCAGUUCUCUACAGCUCAGAAACCUUUUUUACAGACUCGUGGAGCUUCCUGAGAGACAGAAUGACACAGAUCUGCACAAAACAUGAAGUGUUUGUUUAUAUGCCAUAUGUAUUCAUUGUAACUUUGCAUAGAAACACAUGGGCACAAGUGCAUCGGUGCAUGCACACACACAAGCAAGCACACGGUGCCUGCUGUUGCGCUGUUGUGAGAGAUACACAGUCAAGCUUCCAACAAUUGAAAAGAAAUUGGUUUAAUAUUCAGAUGUGAAUCCCUGACAAAGGAAGUUUCAAUAAUUGCAAUGCAUCCUCGGGUAUGAGAUUACCGAUAUCCGACACCAUUUAGGGUUUUAGGGACAAAAGGAAAGUCUGCACUGAUACAUGGAGCCAUUAUCUAAUUUCAUUUACGUACAUCUCAGAUAUAAAGUUAAAGGACCGGUAUGAAAUCAAAGGCUGUCAGAUCAGCUCUGAAUUCAAAAAGUCAACAUUUUGUUGUGAAAGUCUUGUGUUGUAGGAGUCGAUACAAUCUUUAAGUCUUUCACAAAGAAGCUUUUUUUUAAUGGAGCUCACAAGUCAGUAAGAAAGAGUCGGCUUUUGUUGUGACUGGAGCUCCAUCAGUGUGUGAGUCAGCACAUUACAGGUCCUAUCUCUCUCUCUGAUGUGUGAACUAGAUUUGAGCUGCAAUAACUUGAAUUGUAUCAGACGAUUAGUCAUACAGCUUCAACUUUAUGGAGCCAAAAUCUUUGUCUUUUUAGCAGUGAUUUGAAACUCUUGGCCAAAAUACUCACAACAACUACACAUAUGAGCAGGUAAAAAACAUUACAUGUGGGGCUUUAACACAAGUUCUACACAAAUACAAUCCCAGAUCAAAAGCACAAGUUUGGCAAAGAAAACAAAAGCAUUACGAUAUUUCUCAAUACAUUUCAGAGACAUCGACCCUUGGCAGAGAUAUAAAUAAGAAUAUGCUAAUAUUUUAACCACCAACUCUAAAAUCUUAUUAUUAUCAUUUCUAUCUGAAUGAGACAAAAACAGUAAUAACACAAUAUCUACUACCAACAAACCACCGAGAGUCUCUCUGACAGCGAUUCCUCUGUUUAUGCAUCACAACUUGUAUCAUUGUGUUUCAAAGCGCUCUGCAACUUUGCACUGCAGUCUAAACAUCUGAAGGGUAUGAGGCUGAAGUUGUUGUUGGGUGGCUGUCUGGUGGUUUUGAGACAGAAAAGCUGUGUGUGUGCGUCUGUCUGACUGUGUGUCUGUCUCUGGGUGAGCUCCAGGUCUGUUCUCUCUAAGCACUUCCAUUCAAGUCAUCUCCACCUUAAAGAAAGUAGCACAAUGAAACUAACUAGAAUUCAGGUAGAGAAGAAUUAAAAAACCUUGUACUAGCUUGACCUCUCUUCUUUUUUUGUAUUUCCAAGUUAAAGAAUGAUAAUAACCUAAAUAAUAAUUUAUUGCAGGUGGGUUUGUAAAGAAUCCUUUGGAUUGAGACAUUUUUACUGCUGUAUAGCGAUAUCUAACACACCUUAUUCUCAAGAGGUUUGGCUCUCUGUUGCAGAGACAGGAUCUCCUGGGUGUUUUUGAGCCAGAAUUCAGACAAUGUAAGCACAAUGAACACAAAGCAUUUUGUGACACUUCAUAAUAAAGAAUAAUCUCAACCA